UCAAUCUCCCUGACGAGCGACGUAUCCCUCGCGAGACCGCCCUCCGUCACUGCCUCGAUCUCGGCGUUUCCGCCCUCAAAUCCGGCAAACAUCCACUUGACGUCACCGAACUCGUCGUACGCCUCUCUCUCUCUCUCAGUUGGAUCGUUUUGUGAUUCGGUUAUCAUAUAGUUUUGUAGCUAUCGAUGAGGAAACUGAUUACUAGGAGACGAAAUAGAUAGUCAACGGUUUUAGUUUCUGAGUUAUGGUGUACACUGCUUAAUCUGAAUCUGAAACUAUCAGUUUUUUUCUAGGUUCUGGUUAAGCUUAAUAUUGAGUUCUCUUUUACUUUUUCUUGCACAUGCAUUCUUGCUUGUCUUGAUGGGUAUAUGAACAUAGCAAUGGAUCAGACAGAGGAGUAUGUCAACGGCCAGCUCAAGAACAAAUACGGUGAUGCCUUGGCGCUUAGAGAUGAGUACUUUGCUGUUGAUGAUGAUGAAGAAGAAGCUGCUGCGUUGGCGCUUAGAGAUGAUGAGAUUCGAUCACAAAGCAUUUAUAGCUCUCGGCUUUGUUGCGUUAAGAGCUGAUGGAGAGAGGGAGCUUCUGUUCUUCAGACACCCAAGUGCUGAUAUGCUUCUUACGGAAGCUGAGCUUGACAAGAACUUAAUCCAAAAGGAGUUGGAACAACAAUUGGAGCAGGAGUGUAUAUUCUAGUGGGAACAGUAGCUAGACAACACACAGGACCUGCUCUUGCUGUAUCGUUCUUCAUCGCUGGAGCAGCAGCUGCUCUCUCCGCUUGUUGCUAUGCUGAGCUUGUUCUUAUUGUCCAUCUGCUGGCAGUGCUU